AUGCAUGCCACCGAAGGCGCUGUCGAGGUUCGCCGAGCGCGGCGCAGGUUGGGGGACACCGUCACCGACGAGCGCGUUGGAGUAUUCACUCCGGACAAAGACGGCGGCACGCACACGAGCUGCGGCCGUGCCGCCGUCAUAGUGGCGAGGCGCGGCACCGUCUGUGGCGAGGUGGGAAUCGAUGUGUCCUUCCAGCGCGUGCACGCUUCUGACGCAAUGCCGGUCACAAACUGCCUCGGAUUGGCUGCUGGCACUCUCGAGGCUAUGCCUACACAGCCUCGCGCGCAUGGGCAGUCAAGAGGGACCACGCACCUUCUCAGGACAGCGCCGGUGCCUCUCUCUUGGACCGGCAAACUUGGUGGUCUCGUGUCACCAAUGUGGGACCAGUGCGGCAUCGCGCCAUCGACAGCUCUGAACUGCGCCUCACCACUGACCGGGAAGGCCGCCAAGUGGGCCAGCACAGUGUGGUCGCUCAAGGCGGCGACUGAAUGGCGCGUGCGGGCGCUGCUGGACUCGGAGCCGCUUGCUGGCGACCCGCACACAAUUUCGCUGCCGCUCGACGACGGCUGCCACGCGCCCGCCUCGCGGCCCGCCGAGGUGAGCCCGCCCCUCAACCUUACCGCGGCAAAGCUGCUGAUGCAGCUCAACGCGGUUUUGCUGUGCAGUGUGGGCGGGAUUCAGACCUGCAACCCGGGGAUGCCGAGCUGCGAGGCGUACUCGAAGGCGGCCUCGCUCGUGGGCGAGGAGCGGUGGGUGGUGGUCGCCUUUCGCGGGACGAGAGACCUCGACGCGGGAGCGUGGAUGACCAACUUCCAGACGUGGCAGGACGGCGUGGCGGGCGGGUCGUGCGGCGAGAGGGUGCACCACGGCUGGGGCGAGAGCUGGGUGCAGCUGCGGGGGCGCGUGAGGCAGGGCGUGGAGGCGCUCCUCGCCGAGCACCCGACGUACCGGCUGGUCGUCACCGGCCACUCCUGCGGCGCCUCGCUCGCGACGCUGAUGGCGGCCGAGUGGGCGGCCGACGGCUCCCUCUCCGCCCUCUCGCCGCUGCCCCUCCUCUAUAGCUUCGCCUCCCCGCGGUGGGAAACGCCGCCUUUGCUGUGGCGCGUAAGUCAACCAGCGCGAUUCGAUCCCGCACGCGCCGGAUCCUGCAACGACGCCGUGCCCGGCUACAGGCUCUCCAUCCUCGACCACACCACCGCUACUUUGGGAAAGAGAGAGAUGCGCUCUGCAAAGUGGGACAUAAAAGAGAGCGGCCGCCGCUGCGCCUGCGCCGCCAUCUGCGCUCCCCAGGCGGCCGCCGCCGCCGGCGUGAUCAAGCCGUUUGUACUCUAUGGCGGCGAGUAUCGCUACGCCAGGGAGGACAAGGACGUCGACGUGCGGCUGCUGCUGUUCGAGUCGUUCGGUGGGUUUGGGAAGGGGGUCGGCGAGAUCCUCUGGGGGGCGGCGAACGUGCUGCAGAACAAACUGACGCGGGCCCAGUACCUCGAUGAGGUGACUUGGACCACCAAGAACUGGCUAGGGCUGCAGAAGCAGCGUAUCUCGGUCGUUCUUCACACGGCCAUCGCAGAGCAGAUUGUGAAUGAGCUUGCCUGCGGCGAGGGCGGUCGAGUGCACGGAGCUAAGUGCCUCGCCGUCCUCGCAGGAGUCGCUUAG